ACAGGAGCAGGGGAAGCUGCAACGACUUCACAAGUUUUCCAUCCAGGAACAUCGAGUAUUUGGGGAAGUUAUCUAACUUUAAAUUUGUGUAAUUUGUGAUAAUUAUAUGACAGCACCAAAGUGAAAGAUGCAGAUAUGAGCCCAGAGGAGGAGCCAGAGUAUCAGACACCACCCACCUGCGAUCUGCUCAGCCGUCUGCUGACGAACAGACGCCCCACUGGAGCUGUCAACGAGGUUUGGCCCAACCUCUACAUCGCAGACGCGGCUACAGCUCAGGAUAAAACCCUGUUAGUGAAUCUGGGAAUAACACAUGUAGUGAACGCUGCAGAUGGCCCCCAGCACAUUGACACGGGGCCAUGUUUCUACAAAGACACCAACAUACUGUAUCAUGGAGUAGAAGCACCAGACUGUAAAGAUUUUGACUUAAGCCCAUUCUUCACUGAGACGUCUGAUUUCAUUCAUGGCGCUCUGAGCCAGAAAGGUAAGGUGCUCGUCCACUGUGCUCGAGGAAUCAGCCGCUCGGCGACUCUUGUGUUGGCCUUCCUCAUGGUCAAAGAGAGACUUACCCUGGUGGAGGCAGACUGCUUCACAACAAGCCGCCACAAUGAUGAAAACAAAGUGUUCGAGUAG